AUGCUGCCGGCCACAGUUCUACACCGAUUCGGACGACAACUGAAUCGACAGACGUGCAGAGUGAGUGCAGAGUAUUUUUUGCGAGAAUAUCUGAUUUUCCGAUGAAAUGCUGCCGUUUUUCUGUUCAAUUAAGCUAUUUCUAUAGCAGGGUAUCUUAUUUUCAAGUUUUAUUUAAAAACCUGAAAUUGCCUGUUUUUUCCAGAACACAUGGGUCCUCCGCCGAGUAUUCCAGCCGGAAGCGACGCCGAUCGGUGGAAUUCAGAAGAAUCCAAACGAUUUUCACGACUAUCAAAAGUACGAGGUCGUCGAGUUUGAGACACAGAAAAAGGCGGGCCCGAUCAAAGUGAUUCUGCUUCAGGACGUCGAAGGUUUGACGAUUUUUCUGGAAUUCUUGUAAGCUUUCCAAAAAACAAUUCCAGGAAUCGGUCAUCAAUUUGAUGUGGUCAGUGUGGAUCGAACAUUGGCGCGCAAAGAUUUGCUGCUGUCCAAAAAAGCCGUCUACGCGUCGCCGUUCGAUCUCAAAUAUUAUGCUGAAAUGAAAACGGUUAAUACAAUUUCUUUCGCUUAAAAUUCAUCAACAAAUGGUCUAAAAAUUGAAAAAAAUUUAAUUUGCAGAGAAUGGCGGACGAACUGGCAGCCCGUGUGCGAAUUCCGUACGAAUUGAAGGUUGUGGGACGCGAUUUGCAGAAAAUGGUGAUUCCGAUCAAGGUGAACAUGGAGAAUAAGUGGACGAUCGACCGGAAGGUCGUCAAAACCUCACUUCGGCAAAUGGUAAUUUUUCAUAUUUUUUAGGCCAAAAUUCGUAAAAAUCAGAAAAAAAAUUGUUAAAUUUCCAGGGCGUGUUCGUCAACGAAAACACAAUUUUCCUGGGACCAAAAGAGAUUUCCGGACCGAAUUUCGACAUUGAAUCCAAAAUAUUCCGAUUUUAUGUCGUCGUAAAUCAACAAUUUAUUGUGCCAAUGCUCGGACGGAUCACGCACAUUUCGGUGGAUGAGACGAAGCAGGUGAGGCCUGAACUGUCUUUCUUUUCAAACGUUCCCCAAUUUUCAGAUGAUUUCGCCUUCUCUGACGACGCCGAAAGACGAAGAAUUGGCGAGAUAUUCGAUCCGAAAAGAGUUCCCAUUGUACAGUAAAUCGCCGGAAUUCACCGAGGAUUUUCCAGUUUUUGAGCACAUGAAAGAGCACGCGCCGCUCACGGCCCAAUAG